CGACGAGGACGACAGGCAUGGUGGUGAUGAAGUGGCCCGACGGCGGCGAUCCCGUCCGUGAUGAUGAUGACGGGACACAAUGAUGACGAUCACGAUGAUGACGAUGAUGACGUGGUACAGCGGCGACGAUCUCGACGAUGAUGUUGAUGAUGGUCAGGUGACGACGUCGAAGCAGGGUGGGUCAGGUGGGUUCGAACCGCUCCGAUACCAGUGUAACGAGCCUGAGGCUGAGGAUUUCGUCAUACAGGCUUUUCGGAAGCCACUCUAUGGAGACCGAUUUCUGGAGGUUUCAUACGACUACAUCUACGGCAAGGGACGGAUCGAGAUCUUGAUCGGUGCCACUGGCAACAUUUCCCUCGCUGAGCAGUUGUACCUUCGAAGCUUUGCGGACGAGGAGAUGGCCAAAUGUAUGGCAUAUAUCAGCAAGAUUGAUCCUAUGGCAUCCUUUGACAUCAGCUACGUGGUUCCAGAGUCGAUGGCCACUCAGGAUGGACUCCUCCCUUCAGGUCUCUGUAUCGGGACGACUGAAUUGGGAGAAGACUUCGCUCGAUUGGAUUUGGAUGAAGACUUCUCGGAUGCACAAACGGAGUGGCUCAGAGACCAUGCAGUCACGGUCCAGUUUCAUCAGGAAGUCGGAAACCUAUCCAACAAUAUUAAGAAACAGCUGAGUCGGGUGUACGAGAACUCUUGGUAUGACAAUGGAGAUAUCGAUUUAGACACGAAACGGGGCCGUUAUCAGAAUGAGGGGAAAAACCUUGCUACAUACGUGGCAAGUACCAAGGAGAUCGCAGACUGGUUGAGGCAGGAGGGUGGUGUGGCCUUGGAGCUGAAGGGUAAAUCAUACGAUAUCUGGUUUAUACCAUGGAUGGAUUUGGCGGAGAUGAAAUUCCUCAAAAGCACAGGGAAACCUAAGAUAUUCUGGAUACGCUGCCUGAACGUCCCCCUGCAACUUAUGGCAGCUCUCCACAUUGCGGUAGAGCAAAAUUUUGGGAAGGUAGUUAAAUUGCACCCGUUUGAAGAAUUCUCCGAUGAACCUGAGCCGGGUAAUGUGCGUUUUGAUUUGGAUCCGCUGGCCGAACUGCGUGUAAAGAGGAAGAUAAUUGUGGGUAUCCCAAAAAAGGGGGAAUACCACAUAGAGGUCAUAUCUGCGGCCACACCAUGGUGCAAUACCUGCCGUAUGCAUUAUCAUACGAAGACGAAUGCCUGCUGUUUGGCGAAGGAAUCGGAUCCGUUUGUAGACCCUCCUACCAAAGAGUCUCUCCCACUCCCCCCCUUUUCUGGAUUUGUACCAAUGGGUCAGACGGUAUCAACCUCAGGGUGGAACAGAUAUCAGAAACAGGCUGUUAGGAAAACAGAGGGAGCUGCGCAGAGCCCAUCAUUUGGGAUGUCUGGGACCAAAAAUGAUCCAAAGGAACUCACGAAAGGGAUUCAACAUGGAAAGCUGAGAGAAAAAAUACCUGUUAGUAAGUCAGGGAAAACGUCUCAGAUGAGCAAAACCUCCACAGGACAGAAGGAAGUCUCGAAGUCCCCUGUACGUUCUUUAUCGGGGUCUUCGGAGAAGUCGAUGAACUCGGAUAAAAUGAAGGAAGAUCACAAAAGUCCUGUGAAUAAGAUAAAUAUUGACGCAGCAGAUGCAGAUGCAUCCAGAGCUCUUGAGGAUUUGAGACGAGUCAGCAGUGCUAAAACUACUAAAGGUCCGAGCUCAUCCCCUUUGAAGAGGUCCCGUAUCUUGCCGGAUCCAGGAUCACGAGAACACAGUAGGAAAGGGACGGAGGAAUCCAGCUCCAGUUCAAGCAGGGAUACAAGCAGGGAGUCGUUGGAAAAAAGGGGGUCCUAUCGAAAAACCUCUGCUGCGUUGUCAGUAGCGGGACCAAUCCGCUCGCUAACAAAGGAGCAGAUGGCAGUUCCUCGCCUCUUGGUCCCCAUUAUUUUAGUGGCGGGAGCAGAUCAGGUUGUUUUUCUGACAAGGACGGAUGACAGUGGAACGGUAUCCAUUCCCUCUACUCCAAUUGGUAUGAACGAUUGUUUGACUGAGCCCUUUAUUCUGCGAAAGGUGAAGGGAUUAGUACAUGAAGGACUCCCGGCCCGGAUGAUUCCAAACCUGAAUAUGGGAAUCCAUACGGUGGAGAGGAACAACGAGCCGAGUGCCCGACUGUACAUGGCCUGUAUCGAAGGGAAAAUUGAUGAUACCCAGAUUCUGAAUAUUGAAUGGGCAGGUUUUACGUGGACACCUCUAAUUCACCUCUCUUCUGCCAACAAUGAAAGCUUAAAUUGGAUCAGAAUCACGGAGGAGAUCUCUGCUACGGCGACUGCAGAAUGGCUUCAGAAUGCAUCUCAAAAGGGUGUGCUCUUGGGGCCACCUUUCUUAAGCUACCUGCGCCUCCCAUGGGAUUCCACUGUUAACAAAAGUAAGGGAAGCGCAUGAAAGGACCCCAAGAACAAAUCCCUGAUGGGAAA